AUGGCUGCAACACCGAUCACAAGGGACCUCCCACAGGUUAUUCUCGAAAGCCGGGAACUCUGUUGGCAAAACUCCCACUCCUCUUGGCUUUCCUACAUGAGAAGUGUUCACCAGAUGCCUGGGUUCUCUGCCCCAAGUGAUUAUGCGGUCACAGAUGGACAUCUUCAGAAAUCCCCUUUAACGAUCAUGCCAGAGGAAAGAAAUCCCACGGUAGCCGUGAAUGACCUCUUCGGGACGUGGAGACCGUUAGAUCUAACUGCAGACAGCGCUGCUUCCUCUGGCGAUUGCUAUCCUCAGUACUUCCCCUACAGGCUACCGUUCGCCAAUGCAGGUCUUUCUAGUGCCCCCGGCACCGCCCCCUGUCGCUAUAAUAGCAGUUGCCAUGUUCUUGAAGGAGGGUUGGUUGCUGAGACGAAGUCGCAAGCCUGGACGACACCCUGGUGCGGACUAGAAACCUCCAAUUACACAUCCCAAGGGCAAAUGCCCAGGGAGAUCGAACAUCAUGCACAGCUGCUGGAGUCGAGCGGCUGUUCCGAACCCGACGCUUGGGCCUGCCCAGGCCAAGUCCUCCCCAUGGACGCCUCUGUUUCCUUAUCCUCCGGUACGUUUAAACACGGCUUCCUAUUUUUUGUCAAGCGGGGGUAG